GGGGGGAAGGCAGCGGAGGGUAUAUAUGAGGGUGCUGCAGCAGGGGUCAGCACCACUCGCGGAGUUCCACAUUUGAAGUCAACAUGUCGAAGGCUGUGUUCGGCGUGCUUUGCCUGUGUGUGUUGGUGGCCUCCGCUAUGGCUAAUCCCAUGCCUGACCCAAGCCAUGGCCGUAGGGGACGCGGGGGCGGCCUUACCAGCUACGGGAGCUAUGGCGGCCAGUCCUACGGCGGGGGAUAUCCCGGGGGCAGUUACGGAGGCUAUGGCAGUGGUUAUGGCAGUUAUGGCAGCGGCUACGGUAGCGGAUAUGGAAGUUAUGGCGGCGGCUACGGUAGCGACCAUGGAAGUUAUGACGGCGGCUAUGGGAGUCAAGGCGGCAGCGGCUACGGAAGCUAUGGCGGUUAUAGAGGAAGUGGCGGGUCCGGUGGUUAUGGCCGUGGAUAUUACGGGUACUGAGGUUUAAGUGUACACAAACCGGAUUAAAGAGAAUAUGUAUAUAAUACGCUAAUAAAUCUACGCUAAUAAAUCUUUAA